GAGCAAGGAGGGAUCUCGCUUUAGACCAGCGAAUCCAUCCACAAAGAUUCCGUGCACCUCCAGCGCAGCCUCCGCUGUCUGUCCCCGCGGCCGCGGCAACCGAGCAGGAAGAGGAGGAGGAUCCCGUCCUCCCAGUCUAGAGCAGCCGCUUGCAAAGCGCAUCGGCGGCACGGCCGUGGAUUCCGCGAAUCUGCCACCGCUUGCUGCUGCUUCUGAGACUGACACCGCCAUCGCAGCUGAUGGGGAUACCCAGCGACGGCGACGACGUGGUGCAAAUCCGGCACGCCGACGCCGCCGGCGAGCCCACCGUCGUCACCGUGAGCUGCCCCGACAAGACAGGACUGGGCUGCGACCUGUGCCGGGCCGUCCUCCUCUUCGGCCUCAGCGUCGUCAAGGGAGACAUGAGCACCGACGGCCGCUGGUGCUACAUCGUGUUCUGGCUGUUGCCGCGCGGGCGGCGGCCCGUGGCCGUGCCGUGGGACCUCCUCAAGGACCGGUUGCUUCAGCUCUGCCCCGUCGCGCCGCCAUUCGGCUUCGGGUCCCACGACGCGUACCUCGCGGCGGCGGCUGGCCUGCAGGACGUUCCGCCUCCCGCGCCACAGCUCUUCCUGCUCAAGCUAUGCUGCUUCGACCGGAUGGGACUCUUGCACGAUGUGACACGCGUUUUGUGUGAGCUAGAGCUCACGAUCCGGAGGGUGAAGGUCUCUACCACGCCUGAUGGGAGUGUGCUGGACCUUUUCUUCAUCACAGAUGCCAGGGGGCUUCUGCACACAAAGAGCAGGAGAGAAGAAACCCAGGACAGACUCGAGAGCGUCUUAGGCGACUCCUUGACAUGUUGCGAAAUAGAUCCUGCUGGCGAAGACAUGGUGUCUUGCUGCCUCCAGUCCUGGGCCUGGGCUUCGCUGACGCCUGCUGUUAUAGCACAGAUGUUUAGCACAGCUGAUCGCGUGGAGGAGCAACCGAUCGGCACAAGGGGUGGUGGUGGUGGUACCAUCAUCUCCGUGACGAUGGACAACUCGCUUAGCCCUGCCCACACUCUUAUUCAGAUUCAGUGUGGCGACCAUAAGGGCCUCCUGUAUGAUGUCAUGAGGAUAGUCAAAGACUGCAACAUUCAGAUUUCAUAUGGCCGAUUCUACGCGAGCCAAAACGGAAGGUGCGAGAUCGAUCUGUUCGCGGUGCAGUCGGACGGGAAGAAGAUCCUUGAUCAGCACAGGCAGAGAGCACUGUGCUGUCGCCUGAGGAUGGAGCUCCGCCGACCACUCCAUGUGGCGUUGGUGAACCGAGGUCCUGACACGGAGCUGCUGGUAGCGAACCCGGUCGAGGUUUCUGGGAAGGGUAGGCCGCUGGUGUUCUACGACAUCACCCUUGCUCUCAAGAAUCUUCAGAGACGAAUCUUCUUGGCUGAGAUUGGGAGGCACGUUGUGGAAGGCAGGGAGUGGGAGGUCUACAGAUUGCACUUCGGUGAGGAGCACGAGCUCUCGUCUGCGCUGCGGAAGAAGAUUGUGGAUGCAGUCACCAACAUGCUGAUGGGGUGGGACUGAUGGCACUGCUGCUGCUGCCGUGCCUCGGUCUGAAACAUUAUGCUUAGUGUUCUUCCAGAAACUAACCUAUUUGGUGCAAGCAAAGAAGAAACAACUGAUCUCUAUCUCUUAGAUGCAGCGGUUUUCAGCUAAUGCAGAGACCAUGAAACCUUUGGUUAUCUAAACAUGCACUAGGAACCGGGGUCCUACUACUUAGUGGGCACCAGACCUGAUGUAUAUGCAUAUACUGAAGCAUGAUCAAGAGUCAUGUGUGGCAUAUAUAUACCAUUUUGUCUUUGU